CGCCUUUAUGACAUGCUCCUAGUAAGGCCCGAGCCUGUGCCUCCUAACUACCAUGACAGUAGAUGGAGUUGGUUUCAGAAUUGUCUCGGGGCAUUGGAUGGGACGUACGUGCCAGUGUAUCCCCCGGCAGUUGACAGGCCACGCUAUAGAUCAAGGAAGGGUGAGAUUUCCACAAACGUUUUAGGUGUAUGUAGUCGAGACCUAAAGUUUGUCUUUGUAUUGUCUGGUUGGGAAGGGUCGGCCACUGACUCUAGGAUCCUGAGGGACGCCAUUUCAAGACCUGAUGGUUUGAUAGUCCCCCAUGGACAUUACUACCCUGUGGAUGCCGGAUACCAAAAUGCCGAGGGUUUUCUAGCACCGUACCGCGGGCAACGAUAUCACAUUAACAUUUGGAGGCAAGGUCACAUGCCGACUAGCAGAGAGGAGUACUUCAACAUGAAGCACUCAGCUGCUAGGAAUGUAAUUGAGAGAAGCUUUGGUGUGUUAAAGAUGCGCUUUGCAAUAUUGAGGUCUCUUUCAUAUUACCCCAUUAGGACUCAAACACGUAUCGUCACAGCAUGUUGCCUCCUCCAUAACCUCAUCAAAAGAGAGAUGCCCAACGAUCCCAUUGAGAACGAGUACACGGCAUGGGAACGUGAUCACAUACACGAUGUGGAGGUAGAUGAUCACAUCACUACCAUUGAGACUUCCAAUCAAUGGAGCGGGGAGAGGGAUGCGUUGGCUACAGCCAUGUACAAUCAUUGGCUAGGAAAUGGUGGGGGACAAGAGGUUUUUCCACCAUGAGGAACUUUGUUUAGUGUAUUUGUAUUAAUAAGUGUUUGAAUAACUU